AUGAAUCCUAUGCCCAGCAAUGACAUUCAAGCCCCCAUUCCAGAGAAACAUCUCAGCGAUGAGGAUCAACUCGCAACUCUUGGCCAUGUGCAAGAGCUCCGCCGCGAGUUCUCACUAUGGUCAGUUGUUUGUCUCCAAAUUUCAUUAAUGGCAACCUGGGAGGCCUUGUCCUCGGUCGUUGCCACAGCCCUUACCAGUGGGGGAGCACCGUGCCUGUUUUACAACUACAUUCUGGCAUUUGUAGGCACGAUGUUCGUUGUAUUUUCAUUAGGUGAAAUUGCCUCGAUAUAUCCCACUGCUGGCGGGCAAUACCACUGGGUCCAUUGUCUCACGCCAGCCUCAUACCGAGGUACUGCAUCUUGGUUCACUGGUUGGAUCUCGAUUGGCGGGCAACUGGUCUUUUCUGCCUCCGCGGCCUUCGCAGCUGGCUUGCAGUUACAGGCGCUUAUCACCUUGAACAAUCCGGAGUCAUACGUCCCAGCUCGGUGGCAUGGAAUGCUUUUCUACUGGCUCAUAUUGUUGUAUUCGACUGCAAUCAACAUAUGGGGCUCAAAGAUCUUACCUCACACGAAUACAACGGCCGGUGUAUUGCACGUUGUUGGGUUUGUUGUCAUCAUCGCGGUGCUAGGAGCAAUGUCCGAAAAGCACACCGCAAGUUAUGUCUUCACUGAAGUCUCCAACACUAGUGGAUGGGAAAAUGACGGAGUUUCCUGGUUGAUUGGAUUGCUGAGCACUGUUUAUCCGUUCCUGGGAUAUGACGCAGCGUGUCACCUUAGCGAGGAAAUGCCAAAGCCGUCCCGCAAUGUACCAAUGGCUAUGAUAGGCAGUGUCACUAUCAAUGGAGCAAUUGGCAUGAUCUAUGCGAUUAUUCUGCUGUUCUCGCUAGGCGAGUUAGAGCCCUUGCUUCAGUCCAAGACCGGAUUUCUGUUCAUGCAGCUCUUCUUGAACGUCACAGGCUCUCCAGGUGGUGCCUCCGUGCUAUCGUUGUGCAUUACCGCCAUUGCCGCGGCUGCAAAUGCCGCAUGCGUGACAUCAACCAGCCGUACGGCCUGGGCAUUCGCACGCGAUAGGGGUCUGCCAGCAUCUGGAUUCUUCUCAGAAGUGAGCCCCACGCUGAAAGUCCCUGUGCGCAUGGUCGCUGUGGUUGGCUUCCUACAGAUGCUCCUGGGGUUGAUUUAUCUCGGCAGUUCAACGGCCUUUAACGCCGUGUUGUCCAUGGCAAUUUUGGGAAUGUAUGCCUCAUACCUUUCUCCGAUUGUGUUCAUGUUGUUAUAUGGCCGAAGACGCUCAGCCCCGAUUGUCCGUGGUUUUGGGUUGGGCACAUUCAGCCUGGGUUCACGAUGGGGACCCAUCGUGAAUGUCGUUGCCAUCCUUUGGCUCACCGUAGCCAUGGUGUUCAGCACCUUUCCAACACUACAGCCGGUCACAGCUGACAACAUGAAUUAUUGCGUGGUGGUGACAAUGGGAUGGAUGCUUGUCGGAGGAAUUUAUUAUUAUCUUUUGGGGGGGAAGAGCCGUUUUACUGGCCCGGUGGUGGAGCUCGCCGAGGGUCUGUGA